CAGGGCGGGGGCCAAUUGCUGGUCUAUUCGCCGUGAGGUUCGGUCGUUCCCCAAACGGCAAUAUAGAUGCUUGGACGGAUUGCGCCGCUGGGCGCACCGAAAGAUCCAGCAGGUGGGCGGGGGUUGGUGGUGACGUGAGACUCGGGGACCAAGCCAAGCUCUCGCGUCCUUCUCCACCUGUCCUGCUCCCAGAAGAUUUGUCCGGGUUGGUGCCAGGGCCGGGUGGCUGCCCAACUCGGUUUGACCAGCUCCGUCCGCCUGAGGAGGCAGGAUUCAGGAUGGUUUCGUGCGGCUCUAGAUUUCCAUGGCUCAUCAAGAUGUCCAUCUUCAUCUUAGGACUUGGCAUGGUAUUAUUUACAUUGAAAAGUGUGUAUCUUCAUGAAGAGUUCAGUCUCAAACCAGAGCUCCCUCGACCUGCUCAGGCUGUCCAGAUGCCAAAGCUUCUAUCUGAAGAACGUCUCAGGAACCUCUUUACUUACGAUGGGAUCUGGCUGUUCCCGAAAAAUCAGUGCAAAUGUGAAAUCAAACACCAGGGCUACAACUUUCAGGAUGCCUAUGACCAGAGAGACCUCCCUGCAGUGAAAGUGAGGAGACAAGCUGAAUUUGAACACUUUCAGAGAAGAGAAGGGCUGCCCCGCCCGCCACCCCUGCUGGCUCCUCCCAACCUGCCCUUUGCGUAUCCUGUCCAUGGGGUGGAGGUGAUGCCCCUGCACACAGUUCCCAUCCCAGGUCUCCAAUUUGAUGGACCCAAGGCCCCCAUCUAUGAGGUCACACUGACAGCUUCUCUGGGGACACUGAACACCCUCGCUGACAGUCCAGAUGGAGUGGUGCAGGGCAGAGGCCAGAAGCAGCUGACCAUUUCAACCAGUGACCAGAAGCUUUUGAAUUUCAUUCUCCAGCACGUGACCUACACCAGCACGGUGUACCAGCACCACAGGGUGGAUAUCGUGAGUCUGGAGUCCAAGUCCGCAGUGGCCAAAUUUCCAGUGACCAUCAGAUAUCCCGUCAUGCCCAGGUUAUAUGACCCUGGACCAGAGAAGAAGCUCAGAGACCUGGUGACCAUUGCCACCAAAACAUUCCUCCGUCCCCACAAGCUCAUAACCAUGCUCAGGAGUGUCCGUGAGUAUUACCCAGACUUGACCGUGAUUGUGGCUGAUGACAGCAAGGAGCCCUUGAAAAUUAAUGACAGCCACGUGGAGUACUACAUCAUGCCAUUUGGGAAGGGUUGGUUUGCUGGUAGGAACCUGGCCAUAUCUCAGGUCACCACCAAAUAUGUUCUCUGGGUGGACGAUGACUUUCUCUUCAACGAGAAGACCAAGAUUGAGAUGCUGGUGGAUGUUCUGGAGAAAACUGAACUGGAUGUGGUAGGCGGCAGUGUGCUGGGAAACUUGUUCCAGUUUAAGCUGUUUCUGGAGCAAAGUGAGGAUGGGGACUGUCUUCACCGGAGGUCAGGAUCUUUCCGGCCUUUGGAUGGCUUCCCCAACUGUGUGGUGACCAGUGGCGUUGUCAACUUCUUCCUGGCCCACACAGAACGACUUCAAAGGGUUGGCUUUGACCCCCGCCUGCAACGAGUGGCACAUUCAGAGUUCUUUAUUGAUGGGCUUGGGAGCCUGCUCGUGGGGUCAUGCUCAGACGUGAUUAUAGAUCACCAGCCCCAUUCUCCAGUGGCGGACUCAGAGCUGGCCACCUUGGAGAAGACCUACAGAAAAUACCGGACCAACACCAACGCCCAGAUCCAGUUCAAGCUGGCUCUCCACUAUUUCAAGAACCAUCUCCAAUGCUCCACGUAAAGGACCAUACUGAAGACCACAGGAAGUCACUAACGCACCAACACCCGCCUUUGUUCCUGCCAUUUCCCAUGCUUCAGAUUCUACAGUCUUGAGAGGCACAUAGUCUGUACUGCAGACACCAGCAACAGUUUCAGGAUCACCAGCUUCCCAGGAGGUCACUGCUCUCUCCUCCAUCUCUUCCACACAGCUCUACAUCUAAUGACUUUCACAGGAUUCAUAUCUGUAUAUAGCUUUUUCUUAAUCCUUUGCUUGGAUGCUCCAAUUGCCUUUAUACCCUUCAGCCUUCCUGCUCCAGCUUCAAACAAGUUACCUAUAAAAUCUACAUCCUCAUUCCACUUUAAAUUUUACCAGCAGAUUAUCAAUUUUUUCAUUAUGUGACUGAAUAAUCUAUGUAACUGCACAUGCCAUGCUCUUGGAGAAAGACCCCAGCUCUCUGCAUGCAAGGACGCAGAAGGUAUUACAACAGAAAAAGAAAAGAAUACAUUUGACUUGAUCAAAAUUAAAAGCUUCUGCUAAUUAAAAGACACUAUUAAGAAAGUGAAAAGAUAAGCCACAGAUUGGAAGAAAAUAUCUGUAACACAAAUAUUUGGCAAAUGAUUCACAUCUCAGAUAGAAAAAGAAUUCCUAUAAAUUAAUAAAAUUAAGACAAUAUUUUUAAGUGGGCAAAAAUGCUUGAAGAAAAACUUAGAAAAGAAGACAUCCAAAUGGCUAGUGAGCGUAUUUAAAAAAAAAAAAAAAAAGAUGUUCAACUUCAUUAACCAUCAGGGAACUGCAAAUUAAAACCACAAGGAGAGAUCUUUAUACACCCACUAGAAUGGCUAAAUUUAAAAGACUAACAAUACAACCUAUUAAGUAAGAUGGGAAGCAACUGAAACUCACAGCAACGGUCAUAAUAGCUUUAUAUUAGCCCCAAAGUGAAAACAACCAAAAUGUCCAUCAACUGGAGAAUGAACCAAGAAAUUGUGGUAUAUUCAUACAAUGGAAUACUACUCAGCAAUAAAACUCAUGCUAUUGUUAUAUAAAGUGACCUGGAUGAAUCUCGAAAACAUUAUGUUACACAAAUGGUAUCAUUUAUCUGGCUUCUUUUGCUAAACAUAACGUUUACAUACAAGGUUGGGCAAUUAAGUUCGUGAACUCAUCCUAGAAAAAGUGCUACGUACCUCAUUGCUGAAUAUCACUAUGGUAACCUUCCAAGUACUCCCUUUGGGAAGUUAUGCACUGACAACCAGUGCCU